CGGAAGCGGAAGCGGGUAGCGGCCGCUCCGCGCCUCUGGGUGAUGUCGGCACCGCGGCGCCGAUCGAGACCCUGUGGCCGGGCGGGCCUGGCAGCGGCGCUGCGAUCUGCCGCUGGAAGACUCCAGUGAGAAUUGUAGUGUCAGAUUACCAGAGGAGAGGAGUUGUUUUUUCCAUCUCAUGGAUCCCUUGGGUGCUCCUUCCCAGUUUGUGGACAUUGAGAGUCUGUCGUGCUGGACUGAUACCUAUGAGGACAGGCAGCUUGAGUCUGGCCCAAGCCCUGACGAAAAAGCUCCAGUUGAUGUUAGAUCACCUUUUCCAUACAGGAAAGACAUCAAUGCAAAAAUAGUCUUAUGGAAAGGAGACGUAGCAUUACUGAACUGCACAGCCAUAGUCAAUACUAGCAAUGAGUCUCUCACUGAUAAGAAUCCGGUAUCUGAAAGUAUAUUCAUGCAUGCUGGGCCUGACCUGAGGGAUGAACUCCAGAAGCUCAAAGGCUGCAGGACCGGUGAGGCUAAACUCACCAAAGGGUUUAAUUUGGCUGCACGUUUCAUCAUCCACACGGUGGGGCCCAAGUACAAGAGCCGCUAUCGCACAGCCGCCGAGAGCUCUCUGUACAGCUGUUACCGCAACGUCCUGCAGCUGGCAAAGGAACAGGCAAUGUGCUCCAUAGGGUUUUGUGUCAUUAAUUCUCUGAAAAGAUGCUACCCCUUGGAGGAUGCAACCCACAUAGCACUGCGCACAGUUAGAAGGUUCCUGGAGAUUCAUGGAGAGACUCUGGAGAAGGUGGUGUUUGCAGUCUCUGACCUUGAAGAGGCCACUUACCAGAAGCUGCUUCCUCUGUACUUCCCAAGAUCUCUGGAGGAAGAGGCCCGAUCCCUGCCUUACCUCCCUGCAGACAUUGGCAAUGCGGAAGGGGAGCCUGUAGUGCCAGAGCGGCAGAUCAGGAUCAGCGAGAAGCCAGGGGUUCCAGAUGAUGCUUCAGAUGAAGAGGGUCUGGAGGCAGAUUUGUCUUUCAUUGGUUCCCAUGCUUUUGCCCGCAUGGAGGGAGACGUCGAUAAACAGAGACGCCUCAUCCUUCAGGGACAGUUGUCAGAGGCAGCCCUGCAAAAGCAGCAUCAGAGGAAUUACAAUCGCUGGCUGUGUCAGGCAAGAGCUGAAGACCUCUCUGAUAUUGCCUCUCUUAAGGCCUUGUACCAGACAGGUGUAGAUAACGUGGGACGCACAGUGAUGGUGGUGGUUGGAAGGAACAUCCCUGUAACUCUGAUAGACAUGGAAAAGGCUCUGCUGUACUUCAUCCACGUCAUGGAUCACAUUGCAGUGAAGGAGUACGUCCUGGUGUACUUCCAUACGCUCACAAACGACUACAAUCAACUGGACUCCAAUUUCCUGAAGAAGCUGUACGAUGUUGUCGACACCAAGUACAAGAGGAACUUGAAGGCUCUGUAUUUUGUCCACCCAACAUUUCGCUCAAAGGUCUCAGCAUGGUUUUUUCACUAUCCUUUUACAGUCUCUAGGGCUAAAGGACAAAUUCACUAUGUUGAAAGCCAUCAAGCAGUUAUUCUCAGCCAUACCCCAGACAGAUUGAUCUCCCUCCUUAUCGUCCUCGAGUUUGAUGCCAGGGUACGUCACCAGCACCUGGCACACUAUGGCAGCUCCUGCGCAGGCUGCACCUGGCCCUUCAGCUUCAUCCCGGUUCAGCUGCCCUGUCCUCUCGAGAGCUGCCGUUCGGAGCCUGAGAAGGGCACUCACACAGCAGCUGUUUCCAGCCACAAACCCUGCUGCGCCACGGCAGCCAGCUGGUCAGAAGAGGGACAUGCUUCCCAUGACACUGAAAGCCCCCAGGAGUCCUGGCUUCAGUGUAACCACAAGGCUCCUGUUCCUGCAGGUUCCCCCUUUGGCUUCUGGCUCCCCGGCAAGCCUGGCGUCUCCUCCAAGGCCAUGGCACGGCCGUGGUGA